AGAGAGGCACGGCACGAAAACAACGACAACCAAUUUCGAUAACAUAUCUAAAGUGAGUUCUGCAAAGAAAGGGAAUACUAAAGGAGAUAUCUUUUUAGUCGUAAAGUACUUCUACUAAUUCUUCUCCAACCCAAACCAACUCCACUCAUCAUCAUCCACGUUAAUGGCAUGGAUCUUGUAUCCUUAUGUAUAAUGCUCCAAUUCGGAGACAAACCCAACCUAGUCCUAAAUUUGUGAUUCUAAACUAUUUGAUAUUGUGAUCCAUUCCUUCUUACAAUGUGUUUCGCGCACUUGGUUUGAACCCCAAAAAACAUGCAUGCCACACCCACCCCAGUGCCUGAGCAACGCGCUUUCAGACCAUAAGACACUUGUGAAAAACUUUACUCUUGUUUGAAAAUUUAACAGUCAUGUUUAAUAGUUUGGAGCACACAGUCUCAGUCAGUCUGACCUGCCUUUCCCACAACUGUCUUAAAAUUGCGAAACGUACUGUUCACACACUAUACACACACAUACGGAUCUGGCGAAUUUGAAUUAAAAAUUCCUGUUGAAAGCAUCAAAUUGAAAUUGUAAGAGUUUAUAAUGCCAAGGUUUGGUUUUUUGGGGCUCAACCGAGCUCCACUACGUCGUCGAAUGGGUGCAGACGGGCUAAGCAGCGAAGUGAUCAAGACUCUGGAAAAGGAUAAAGUGUCCGGUGGUCCAGACGCGGUGAACUCAAAGGACGGGGAGCCCAGGAUGAACAUGAACCAGCAGUUGUUGACCAACCAUGCCGCAUUCCAGAUGGACCGAAAACCCCUGCAGGUACCCACUGUCGUGGGCGACGAGCAGAUGUACACUAUGGACAACCAGAAGCUCUCCUGUCCCCAAGAACUGAAGCGGACGGUGGCCCACAUAUAUUAUGCGAACCGGUGCCAAAUUGAGAGUGCGAUCAGGGCGGCACUACGGGCUCAGGGAACCUGGAGUCUUGUCACCGUGGCGGACCGUCUAACCAUCUGGAGGCAUGCUGCAGACAUAAUCGAGGCGGAUAGGUCCCGUAUGCGGAUGUAUUUGAUGCUGGCUCAGGGAAAAACAAGCGUCGACGCCGGCAAGGAUAUUUGGCGCCUUGUCACGUCUCUUAGAGCCAAUGCCGACUACCUGGAGCGUUUAUCGCAGCUGCGCUUGGAGAACCAGGGCGAAGAGCGCGUGUUUCCCAUGGAUGGCUUUGUGGCUGCAAUAGCGCCGUUCGAGUCGGUCGCCCUGUCCGCCAGUCUGGCUCUGUGUCCGAUGCUCAUGGGCAACACAGUUUUGUGGAACCCUACCCUUGAAGUGGCCCCCAUAAGCUACCUCGUCUACCUGGCCUUCAAGGAGGCUGGUCUGCCAAAGGGCGUGCUGAACUUUGUGCCAUCCAAUAGAAGACUUUUCCUAGACACCAUCACGGAUGCCGUACACUUUGCCGGAGUCAACUGCCACGGCAGCGCCCAAGACGUUCGUUACAUUCACAAGCUGGUGAGCGAUAAGAUGCAGCGGUACAUCUGCUUCCCUCGCCUGGUGGCCGAAUGUGCAAGCCAGAACUUUCACUUUGUUCAUAGCAGUGCCAAGAUGGAGGACGUCUGCUCGGCCACCGUGGAAGCAGCAUUCAACUAUGCCGGACAGUACUCCCAUUCAUUGUCCCGCAUGUAUGUGCCAUCCUCCAUGUGGACCGAGCUGCGGGAACAGCUAAUCGAAGCAGUAAAACGACUUACAGUCGGUGAUCCCACCCAGAAGGAGACCAAGAUGGGACCCGUCAUUAACCGGGCAACCUACGAGCGCUUGCGGAAACUAAUGGAGUCCAACAAAGAAGCGGAGUUUUUGUGCGGUGGCACCUGCAACGACAACAUUGGCUAUUUUGUCGAGCCGACGAUUUUGCGGACCAUGAACCCGCUGGAUCCCCUACUGAGCGAACCCCUUUCGGGGCCGUUGCUCCCAAUAUUUGUCUAUGCCGAUGACUCGUUGGCGGAGGCACUCAACCUGGCCACCCACCAGUGCAAGCACGCUCUGUCCGGCUCAGUGUUUGCCGCUCGGGAUGAGGUGAUCUCGCAUUGUUUGAACCAACUCCGAAUGGCGGCCAGUAAUUUGUAUGUAAAUGAGAGUUGCACUGGCAGCUCGGGUGGCCUAACGCCUCUUGGCGGCCACCGUCUGUCGGGAUCGAAUGCUAAGUCUGGCUCUGCCAAAUUCUAGAGGAGACGGUGGACCAUCCCGAGGCGUCAUCUACAGGAAAGUUGCAUGCAUAUAG